UAGUGACAUUAUAUUUUUCAGCUAUAUAAACAUCAAUUUCAACACUUAGCUAACCAUUUUAGGAAAAACACGAACAAAAAUAAGAAAAUAAAAAUGAGGAAAGUUACAUUUCUUCUUAUGAUCUUCCUCCCUCAGUUGCUAUUCCAACUGCAAGCUCUUGCCUCAGAUAAUGGAUGUGUUGCAACAACCUCAACUUCAAGCCCCUGCAACUCUCAACCUCAACAGGUACAUAUCUCAUUGGCAGGAAAUGGGUACAUGAGAAUAUCAUGGAUUACAACUUACAAAAUGGCAACAUCUGUUGUGGAAUUUGGUACCAAGUCUGGAAGCUACAAUGAAUAUAUACUUGGUGACAACUUUAGCUACCAUUAUUAUUCUUAUGUCUCCGGCAAAAUUCACUACGUUACUAUUGGACCUUUGACGCCUAGCACCACCUAUUACUACCGUGUUGGUGGUACCGGACCCGAAUACUCCUUCCGUACUGCCCCCGCUGCCUUCCCCGCUGAAUUUGUCCUUGUCGGUGGAGUUGGACAAACACAAUGGACCAAGGCCACACUAGACCGCAUUAGCCAAAGAUGCUAUGAUGCAUUGGUUGUAGCCGGAGGCCUCUCAUACGCCGAUGGUCACCAAUCACUUUGGGACUCCUUCGGUCGUUUAAUCGAGCCAUACGCUAGCCAAAAGCCAUGGAUGGUCGCAUCUAGCAAAUACGAAAUUGAGGGUGUUUGCACAAUCUCUAAAGGACCUCAACCCUUUAAGGCCUUUAAUGCAAGGUGGCUCAUGCCUUACCAUGAGAGUGGCUCAUCCUCUAACCUUUACUACUCCUUUGAUGUUGCCGGAGCUCACUUCAUCAUGCUUGGUUCGUAUGCUGACUUUGAUGCUAGCUCGGCUCAAUACGAGUGGCUUAAGGCCGACUUGAUUAACAUAGAUAGGGCUAAGACUCCUUGGGUCAUCGUCGUGGUUAACACACCAUGGUACACUUCUAACGUCGCCUACAAGGGUGAAGGCGAGUCCAUGAGGAAAGCCAUGGAAAGUCUUCUCUACACUUUUAGGGUUGAUGUGGUUUUUGCCUCUCGUGUCAAUGCUUAUGAACGAUUUGCUAGAGUUUAUGACAACAAGCCCGAUGCUUGUGCGCCCGUCUACAUCACCCUUGGAGAUGCUGGCUUCAAACCAAACUUCGAGUUUGAGCAAUCCGCUCCAUCAACCUCAUUGCAUAGAGAGCUAACAUUCGGACACGGGCGAUUGAGAAUAUACGACAGCAAGAAGGCUCACUUCGCAUGGUACCGAACCGAAGAUGACUCUGAUUAUGGCAACCCUAGUGAUGAAGUUUGGCUUAAAAGCCUAAUGUCCUCAGAAAAUUGCGUGGAGAAUUGUGCAUGCAAAAAGUUCUCAUGCGUCAAAACCGAACUUUGAUUGAGUUUUGAAGAUGAAAUUGUUGUCUUUGGAAUGUUUUGUGUAAUAGUUUUUUGAUUGAUUUCAUCACCCUUUUGUUUUAGCUUUGCCAAUGGCAUCUUUUGUAAUGGAUUUGGAGAGUUUUGGACUUUGUGUCCCUCAAUCUGUUAACAAAGACAUGAAGAAAGCAAUGUAAUAAGAUUGGGUUUUUGUUAACAAAUAUGGUUGUGCUUGUUUUAUAAAUGAGCUCAUCGUGUUCCACGAAAAUAAUAUAAUCUUUUACACUACUUAUAUAUUA